AAAAAGUUCUUCUCCCUCACUUUUUCUCUUGCUCAAGCAACCACUUUAAUGCACCUUUUUUUUGCCUUUAUCAACUAUUCACUACUCCUCUGAAAUGAAGCAUAUACUAUGUUUCUUCUUGUGCUUACUUUACAUCAUGGCAGAAAUUGGCACAAUUUCAGGGACACAAUCUUUAGCUCCAUCAACGUUAACACGUCCGAUGAACUCAAACCUUGAAAUCAGCCCAACGUUCGCGAUCAUACUUGCUUGCCUCGUAUUAGUCUUGAUGGCGGUUGUCUUCGUAUAUAUUCGUCGAAUGAGCCCUAAUUCAUUCGACGAAUCAUUGGGUUUUCAUUUCAUGCGUCACAGACCUACAGUUUCCCGUGGACUCGAUUCCAACAUCAUUAAAAGUUUCCCAAUAUUUCGCUAUUCCGAUGUCAAGGCCCUAAAAUUGGGCAAAUCCAUCCUGGAAUGCGCUGUUUGUCUGAAUGAAUUCGAAGAUGAAGAAACUCUCCGUCUUCUUCCGAAUUGUUAUCAUGUUUUUCAUCCUGAAUGUAUAGAUGCUUGGCUCGCCUUUCGUACAACUUGCCCUGUCUGCCGAGCGAAUCUCAAGAAAAAAUUAGGUGAAAUAAGAAAAUUGGUUCAACAAACCGACAUAAAUUCGGUUACAUCACAUCCAGACACCGAAAGGAGCGAAGCAGUACUAGAUAUUCAGGUGACUGAUGUCGGUCCACAAGAGGUAAUAAACACAUCACCUCAAACAUCUAUUCAUAGUCAUAAUAUUCCAAAUUGUAGUCACGCGACAAGUAAAACACCCAAUUUUCGACACGUUGCACCAAAAUCGACACCUAGAAGACCGAAAAUUUUGGGAAUGUUUAGUCGAUCUCACUCGACGGGUCACUCACUGAUUCAACCCGGUCAAAAUUACGAGAGGUUUACACUAAGGUUACCAGAUGAUGUACAAAAGGGAUUGGUGGAUUUAAGCUUAAAUAGGGCAUACAAUAGUGAAGCCUUAUUAUCUCUAGAGAGGAGUUCAACCAAAGGGUACCGGUUUGAACCGGAUGAUGGCCGGUUCAGGAAGUUCCGGUUUUUAUCUACUCCGACUUUGUUAUCUAAACCCGGUUCAUCAAACCAUUCGUUGAAGUCAGUUAAGUCGCCGUUAAGUUUGUUUUGUGGAACGGAGAAAGAUGAUACAGGAGAAAGGUCUUUUACUUAUUUAAGAUCUAAUGCUUCUAGUUAGGUAGUACUUAAUUUUCCAUCUUUCUCACUUUUCUUUUACUUUAUAUUUAGCCAAAGAUUCUUUAUCAUAUAAUUAAUAUAUUGUAUAUAGUGAGUGAUUGGAUAUACAUAGUUGAAGCAUCACAAUAUAAACUAUUCCGCCUCUGCUUACACUUCAAGACAAGUGCUACGACUAGUUCAUUUUUUAUUUGGCUCAGAUAUUUUUCACCCCAGAUAUUUCAUUGAAGGAUUCAUUUAUCAAAUUAA